AUGCCCUUCUAUCUUGCUUCUUUAUCCUUCUGGGACCUGCUCCUGUGGUCUUUUGCCCUGGCAAUUACACUUGGGGCCAGCAUUCUUCUCGUUCUACUCAUCUCCCUCACGAUCUCCCAGAAUACCAUUCCCUCCAAAUGUCGCCCAAGGGGAUCUCCUGCCCAUUUGUUGGUAGUUCUUGGAAGUGGUGGCCAUACAGCUGAGAUGCUCUACAUGCUCGAGCGCAUGAAAUUGGACCCUCAAAUCUACACGUAUCGGACAUACCUCGUGAGCUCCGGAGAUAACUUCAGCGCAGACAAAGCCAAGGAUUUUGAGGCACAACAUGUACAGAAUUUGCAGGGCUAUACUCAUAACAACUACACCAUUGUCACAGUGCCACGUGCCCGACGGGUCCAUCAAUCCUACCUCACCGCGCCAUUCUCUACGCUUCAAUGCUUCUGGGCUUGUCUCAAUGUCCUUCGUGGCCUUCACCCGGAUCAAAAGCUCCCAAAGGAAUACAGCUCACCCUACCCUGAUUUGAUCCUCACAAAUGGUCCUGCUACAGCAGUCUGCGUUGUCGCAGGCGCAAAACUCAUCCGUCUCAUUCAAUGCUUGGCCAAAUGCACUACCUUAAGCCUGAGUCUGCGAACAAUCUCCACGUUUGCUUCGGCACCGAAGCUGCGUACUAUUUACAUCGAAUCGUGGGCCCGUGUGAACUCGCUCAGUACCUCUGGUGUUUUACUGUUGCCUCUGGCCGACCGAUUUCUCGUUCAAUGGCCUGCCCAGGCAGGCCGACGGGCCUGGUGGGGGAUGAAGAAAACCCAAUAUGCAGGAUGGCUUGUGAUAUAA